ACAAAAGAGGCCAGUGGUCAGGUGUCAGGUUCACAGAUGCCCUCUGGAAGUAAAACUAAGACGCGACAGACAGAAGCCGGAGCUGGCGAUGCGGGAGGUCAGGCUUCUGCUCUAAGCCAUUGUUUUCACGCGCUGUACCUGACCACCUCCCCCCCGGGCCGAGCACAGAGAUGCCCAUCGCAGACUUGCUGGGCGUGCAGUUGGACAUGCAGAUGCUGGGGAAGCUGACGGUCUCGGUGGCGGCCGUGCUGCUAGUAUCCUGGGCGUACAGGUUUUACAACUCCAGAAACCAGACGGGACAACAGGGGCAACUGGCUCCCCCGGACGACCGCGUUCUGCCACCGAGCCUCGCCACCCAGUCCCCGGGCCACUGCGGCAGCUGCCAAGGGGAGCUGCAGGAGCAAAACGACGUCGCGACCGAGCUUGGCGACGGGGCCGCGCAACAGAUAGAGCAUGAGUCACCCCCGAAGAAUGUGAAGGAGCGUGUCGUUCUGUACCCCCGGCCUGACGGAGAGAUGGGAGCAGGAGAAGAAGGCAGUGCGGAGUAUCCAGGGCAGGCUGAGACGAUAGGAAAGGAGACUGACAAUGGCACCGCACAGCAGGAUGCACCUGCAAAGGAUCUGACAGCCUCAGCUAAGGACAUUGCCCAUAAAGCCGUUAAGCCUUUGAGCCUGUCAAAUCUGGAGGAAGCUGAUGAGUGCGGGACGGGAAUUACCCUCUCUCCUCACCUUGCAACUCAACACUCUCCUUCUGACAGCGGCCAGGUGAGCGCGAGCCGGCCUCGGUCCCCUUGCUUGCUACGGAGUCUGGAACCCUGCACAAAGGUAGGCCGAGAGCUCAGGCACGAUGCUGGAAACCUGGGCACCUUCUCUAGCUUCCAGUCAAAGGCCGCUGUUGUAGUGAAAGAUGGAGACCUUUUGCUGGAUAUGCCUGGGGACAGGCUUGUGGAAGUGCGGGGCAAGAUCUAUGAGUACUAUGUGGAAUCUUCUUCUGAGUCCAUCUUAGAUAGAGGGCCAGGGACUGCAGGCCACUGCAGCCCUGGGCCCAAUCUGGGAGUCCGUGAAGGUGCCUCCAGAGACCUGCAGAUAAGCAGGCGCAGCAGUGGAAGCAGCAGCAGCAGUGAGACAACCUCGCUGUUAAGCCCCAUCACCUCGCCCUUGAUCAUGCGUGACAUUGUCAUCCCACCAGACCACAGUGAGGGAAGCCCUGCUUCAAUCGACAGGUGCUCUUCGCCUUUCAACAAGCCACGGCUCAUCCGGAAGGACAGCUACCUGCAGAUCAUGGAGAACUCAGACCUGCAGAUCCCCUGUGGCAGCCCAGCUUCAAGGUCUCGAUCCCCUUCUUCUGACAGUUCUAACCGUUCAAGUCCCGUCGAAGACCCCGUUGGCCACAACGAAACUACGAAACACAGCUUAGAAACGGUUGCGGGAAUGAAUUUCUUACAGAUGCCUCUGGAUGGUACUGGCAUUCCAGAGCUGGACAGCCUACAAGGGAAACUAGAUUUGGGCAACUGUCUGCAAGCCCUGAGUUUAGCCCGUAAGUAUGGGCACGAGACCCUCCAGCAAGCUGCCCUCAAAGUCAUGUCCGACAACUACUUUCAGGUGUUGAGAGACCCCGAGCUGUAUGGAAGGCUCAAGGCUGGAGACAGGGCUGAAAUUCAAAAGCAGCGCAUGCGGGGCAGGCAGUACCUAACUGUCGCCGACAUUGACCCCCAAGACUGGACGGGCGCCCGGUGCCAGGUGGAGGAGUUGGACCAUCCGAAGACGUCCAGUCGUCUGUACUACUAUGACGACUAUAUGGACAGCUGGCACACCCUCUGUACACUGCCCAGAGAAGUCAUUUCCAAGGGAUGCUCUAUGUGCACCAUGGACAACUACCUCUUCAUUGCCGUGGGCUGUGAGGGUGUCGACCGGGACAUCAGGCCAUCGAGGAGGGUAUUCUGCUACAACCCAGUCACCUCCAUCUGGAAGGAGAUAUGCCCAAUGAAUGAGGCACGGCCCCAGUGCAAACUGGUGGCUCUGCAGGGCUACAUCUAUGCUAUCGGGGGUGAGUGCCUUAGCACCGUCGAGCGCUACGACCCACGGACAGACCGCUGGUCCUUUGUGGCACCACUGCCCAAUGACACUUUUGCCGUCGCACACCGAGCCACAGCUUGCCAAGGGGAACUCUUUGUGUCGGGAGGGACCCUGAGGUACACACUACUGCGCUACAACCCCCGGGCCAACGUCUGGAGACAGAGCUUGAUUGUCGGUAGCAAGGAGAGGACCACGGAGAUGGUAGCCCUGAGGAGCUUUCUGUACCGCUUCGAUAUCAGCCCGUCGCUGGGCCUCUCUGUGUACCGCUACCACACUGUGGCUCGACUGUGGUACGAAUGCUGCUCACGGCGACUCCCGGAUUGCCAGACCUUCCAGUGCUCCAUCCUGGGUGACGUCAUCUACUGCGUCAACCGCCAGUUCAACAUGAGGUUCCUGGCUGAUGAGGUGUCCCCCGAUUUUGUUGCCGAGGAUCUGAAGGUCCUUUCUGAGGCGAAGGGCAUGCUCUUCCCCUUCAUCCUAUCCUUUUCUGACAAGGAGACUCUCCAAACCAGGGUGUGAGCAAGAGGCGAGCAAAGUCAACAGAGAUAUACAUGAACGCAGACUCUUGCACAGAGACCAUGGUGCUCCAUUCAUUUGUGGAGAAGCUGAUGGUGUCACCACACUAUCACUCCUGUAUUUUACAGAUAAUUUGAAAUAAUAAAUGUGCAGUUAAAUUUUAUGAGGAAAUUAGAUAUUUUAUUGCUUUUUGUUUUUCUUUUUGCAGUUCUUGAAAGUAACUGCUGCCAUUAUUGGGCAACAUAAGUCUUUAUUUAUAUGGUGCAGGAAGGUUUGCCUGGAUGAAAAUACAGGUUAACAGCUUUUCUGAAAUACACUGCCAGCUCUGUGCAAUGUUAGCAAUUCAGUAACAGUUUAUAAUGUUUUAUGAGUUUGCCCAUAAACAGCUUUGCAUGAAAUGUACAGGGAACAAAGUGAUCAGUUACAGUUUGUGUUUUUAUGGUGAUAUGUAAUAUAAAUCUCUCUUUAUUAUCUUGCUUGAAUGCAUGUUUACGUUGUUUAUUAAGAUAGAUAUUUGUUUUGUUUUUUUCUAUGUGAAAAACAUAUAUGUAUUUGCAAUUUAAAUAAAAUUUCUAAAGCCUG